AUGUUUCCCCUUCCGCGCUUGUACCUCAAAAGCGAGCAGUAUGAACCAAUUCAAGCCAUUGUGAAAGAGAUUCAUGGAGAAGAGGCUCCAGAAUUAGACUUGGGAAAGAAGGUUAGCACUCCUCAAGACUUGAUGAUGGAGGAGUUGUCCCUGUCCAUAAACAGGGGUUCGAGACUGUAUCAACAAAGGCAGAAGAGAGUGCAGCGUUUUGUGCUGGAGAAUCCUACAGGCUACAAAAUUGCCUCCAACAUGGCAGGUGGAGGCUCACACCCAGAAUGCAAUGGAAUGGAAACAACUAAAGGAUGGAGUGUAUGCUUAGUUACUUGA